ACGCAAAAUGGCUCCGUCGACCAACAGCGCUCCUCCAUGUGUCAUCCUCAGCUUCGGAUGACUCGACUUGCGAACAUGAGGUGAGGAUGUCAAUUGACAUCGCAAGCAGACGGUAAUAUGGUGUACGAUUGGGACAAGCACGAACAACUAUGCUAUCGCUUGUACAUCGACGAGAGGAAGUCUCUCGAAGAGAUUAUGGAUCAUUUGCGGGUCCAUCACAAGUUCGCGCCCAGCAAACGUGCCUACCAAACCCAAUUUCGUCGUUGGGACUUCCCGUCGAAACAGAACCCUGCGCACAAGAACGAUCGCCUCGUCGCACGCGUCAAGGAACUAUGGGAGCGGAACCUGUCGCAGCGGGAGAUGCUGCGCGUCUUGAACGAGGAGGACGGCUUUGAUAUCAAGCAGCGGGAACUGAUGCGCGUGCGCUCCCGGAAUCGGUGGCUACUACGGAUGCCCAACGCCGAGAAGAGCGCAGUACCAAUACCAGUCUCACCCAUAGGCGCCAGCGCUGCCGCUGCUGCUUCGCAGUCUGACAUGAGCAUGCGGCUUGGUGCGAUCGCGAGCGUUACGCAGGAAGACCUGAACGGGGCUCAGGCCUCUGAAAACGAACUCACCCCCCAGGUCAUAGCGAAACGGCGCGACCGUCUGCAGAAGCUCGAGGUCGUGUCGGCGGAGCGGUGGGAGACGCGGAAGCGUCGCCGGCGGACUCGAGGAUGGGCCGGUCUUCCGGCUGAUCCGCCAGGCCCGCCUCGCUUCCCGUCCGAAACGACUAUCGACGAGAGCAAGGCCAUUCUCAGUCUCGACAAUGAACUCUACCGCGAACUCCGCACGCGUUUCGGACGAAUAUGUGACGAGGCUGGAGUCAGCAAGAAGACCAUCGCCGGCCCUGAAAGAUGGGAAGGCGUCAAGACUCGGCUGAUCCAGGAGAGUCCUCACCUGCAGAAUGUCAUGUGGGCGGAUCAGGAGAAUGUGGACGGCAGGAAGUUGGCGCUUGAUGUUAUUUGCACAGAUGUCACGAAGCGCAUGCGCACGAUGCACACGAAGAUGACCGUUGCCGAGGCAAAGAACACUUUGGGGGUUAACCCUGAACAGUCGAGGACGAUGCGGCAGGAAUUCCUAGCUAUCUUGAAGGCAGAUCAUUUCACAAGCAAGAUUGAAGCCGGGCACGAGCACUGGGCCGAGCUGAAAGAGCGGUGGUUGCGAAGUUCUUCGAUUCUACAGGGAGUGUUGGCCGCAGGCGCAACCGACCCAAGCCACGAGGAGAAAGUCAGGGCUGCUGAUGUUCUGGCCAGAGAUGUGAUGAAACGACUGAGGGACGACCAGGCCCGGCGCGAUCCGAACCGGAACAAAACAAGUUCUCAUUUCGCACCAGUUUCGCCCAACAACGAUAUGAUGCAUCAACAGCCUCACGAGAGCAGUAUCGACCCUAGCGUAAACCCCGGCCACGACGACCAACUGCAGGACAACUACGGUCAAGCACAGCAGACCUCGUCUCAACUUCGUCAUAUGAACACGGGCUUGGGCCCUGGUACGCCAAACAGGCACAAUGGCCAGAAUAACCCAGGUCCACCUCAGCUUCCAUUACAAACCCAUAUUCAAUCACCGUCACGGGAUCUAUCCCAUAACCAUGCCCUCCAAAGCCUCUCGAACGGACAGGCUCUUGCCCAUAGUCCUUCCCACAACCAGCCGCAGCUUUUACCCAACGGCCUGCUUGACAAUGGGCUUCCCAUAGACCCGCAGAUCGAUGGAGCGCUUCCUGUCCUCAUGAACGGACAUGACACCGUCAACUCGCAGCACGCGCACGCCGCAUAUAUUCCUCAAACUUUAGCGCCGCAAGGUCAACAACACGCCUAUGUUACGCAGCAUUUCGCAUCGACCGUCAAUCCCACGCCGCAACCGCCGCCAAUUGCAGUCUACUUACGUUUGCAUCCCUCGUCGCCCAUCACCAUGGCGCCGUCAAUCUGGAUUGCGACUUUGACAGCGCGCACGUUUGAAGAGCUGCGGCAGGUCGCUGUGAAGGAUUUGGCGGGGACGGUUUGUGGGAGAGUGGAAGGGAUACUGGCUGAGGGCAUGACAAUCAACAUAAGCAGGGAUGAUGAGUUGACGGCUUAUUUGGCGGUAGUCGAGGGCCGGGGUGGAAGCGGUGCGCCGGGUUUUUACAUCCAGGUGCUAGGAGCAGGUUGGAAGACAUAGCAUCGGAAAAUGGGGACGCUCUGCGUCAGUACGGGUGUAGGGAGGUAUUUUCACGAUGGAAUGCCUCACGAGCUGAACUUAAUGAGACGAGGUAAUACCAAGUGUUGUUGGCUGCACCGUGACAAACAGCUGGGAUGUGCAGUGAGCCGGUGAGCCGGAUUCCCUCGGUAAAGAUGUGCAGGUGACGGGUGUUUCGAGAAAUGAAUGCCAUAAUAUCGUACCAUCGGGAAUACCGCAUUGCCAUUUGCGCUGAAUUGGGCAUUGGGAUGCUAGUAUGAUAGGUCUGAUGUGUUCCUGUGCAGCAGCAUGCGACAUAAUACGGGCAAAUGGAUGGUCGACGGCGCAGACGGAGAUCCGUCCCCGCACAGUAUAAAAAGUCGUCACGGGCUCCACGCGGGCCA